AGAAUGGAAUGGGAUGAAACAAAGAGAAUAGACUGGGAUGGAACAAAGAGAAUGGAAUGGGAUGGAACAAAGAGAAUGGAAUGGGAUGGAACAAAGAGAAUGGAAUGGGAUGGAACAAAGAGAAUAGACUGGGAUGGAACAAAGAGAAUGGAAUGGGAUGGAACAAAGAGAAUAGACUGCGAUGGAACAAAGAGAAUGGAAUGGGAUGGAACAAAGAGAAUGAAAUGGGAUGGAACAAAGAGAAUGGAAUGGGAUGGAACAAAGAGAAUAGACUGGGAUGGAACAAAGAGAAUGGAAUGGGAUGGAACAAAGAGAAUGGAAUGGGAUGGAACAAAGAGAAUAGACUGCGAUGGAACAAAGAGAAUGGAAUGGGAUGGAACAAAGAGAAUAGAAUGGGAUGGAACAAAGAGAAUAGAAUGGGAUGGAACAAAGAGAAUAGAAUGGAAAAUAGAGAAUAGACAUGGAUAUUUUUGUGCGCUACUUAAAUAUAAUGUGAUUUAUUUGAAGAUUAGCCUAACAGCAUUUAUUGCUAAUUUUACGACACAUUCAGAAAGUGAUUCUUGGUUUUACUCUCUUUGUUUCAGUCCGACCACACGAGCUCGUAGAUGUCUGAGGGUUUCCUGACGCUGGAUUUUGUUACUCUUGAAAAUAUAUCUUGGAAACGUUCUUGUUCCGUCGGGGAUAAUUUCACAUAUUUAAGUUCAACUUCUAUCAGCAGUUUUUAUUGUUUUUGAGAGACGACUUUUUGCACUUAAUUUGUCAGAGAAGUGUUUUUACUGAAGAUUAAUUUCUUUCUUUAAGUGAGCCAAUCUCAUUUCAAACACAUUUAGUUAAUAUGCACAAACUGCUCUUUCUCCUUCAGGAUGUGUAACCUUGUUUUAAGACUCCUGGCCAAGCCUGUGAUAUCAUUUCAAUCGCUGGCAAUUUUUCCUACAAACUAAGUAGAUAAUUCUGUUUCAGACAAAUACAUCUGGUAAAUUUAAUCACCUUUUCCCCUUAUUUUAAGUAUUAUUUCCCUGAUUUCAUUGCUGUUUUUAGGUGUUAUUUUAACUGACUUGGAUGCAACCUGAGCUGCAGCUUUAACACUCAGGGCCCACAAUGCUAACAGGCACUUACACACCUCUAAAUGACCGUGCAGGUUAAAAUUUUGACAAACAGAGGAGGAGUUAAUCUCUUAAAAUCAGCCUAACGCUGUCGACAGCUGUCACAUUACGACAACAUUACUUUCCUCUGUGUUUCCCUCCGUUUAGUCACCACGGCUGCAGAGAGAGAAAAGUUUUUACAAGAUGUCAGAACGCUGCUUUAACAGCAGUUUGUCAUCUCGCUGUAUCCCCUCUCCUCCCCUGCUCUCCCCCUCUCCUCACCCCUCCCUCCCCUCCCUGCAUAUGGGAUUCACAUUUGGCUUCAGCGAACAUUUUCUUAAUGUGAUAUUAUGAUACAUUAUCUGAAGCCAUUCACUGCCUGUCACCACCUCUCAUGUGGACUGGAGCUGAGCGGGGCCAGAGGAGAGGCGGUCACAUUGUGUCCAGGAGCCUGUUGGUGCUGGAGACGUUUUCACCCUCUCCUGCUGCCGGCUGUAAAUCGCCUCUGUCGAAGUGUUUUAAGGCAAAGAACAUCGAAUCCAUGGAGUGCCUCGAAACCAAGACACAGGAUCUCUUCCAUUUCUUAAGAUGUGGAGGAUCUCCCAGCCCAGAAGUCUCUGCUACAUUAACUCUACGUCCAACACAGAUGUCCCCAUUAAGAGACGACUGCUGAGACUGUGGGGGAUGGAGCGCCUCGACGAAGACACCCUCCUACAACCCGUCUCCCCACAACUCGAUGACCUUGAGCUGGAAAUACGAGAUAAAGACAAAUAAAUAAAAGAAAGACGACGUUUGGGAAAGAGCCCGGAGCGGACGCAUAAAACAGGAAGAUAAAAUAAAAGAGGACAGAGACAGAGAGGAGGUGAAGUUUCGGACACUCCUGAGGGAGCCAGAGCCUCGGGGCGGUCCCCAUCAUGUCGCUCUCCGUCGGUCCCCCUUCGGGCCUGCUGCUGGUUCUGAUGUGCUGCCCCCUGCUGGGCCUGGUCCAGUCUGCAAGUAGCAACAAGGCGAGCGAUAACACACACCCACACCUGGGGGACUCCGAUCCUGAGCGCUGCAUGAGGCACCACUUUGUGGAGACCAUCACACACCCCAUUUAUAAAUGCAACUCCAAGAUGGUUCUGCUGGCUCGCUGUGAGGGUCACUGCAGCCACACCACCCGCUCCGACCCCCUCAUCUCCUUCAGCUCGGUGCUCAAGCAGCCCUUCAAGAGCACCUGCUCCUGCUGCCGGCCGCACACCUCCAAGCUGAAGGCGGUGAGGCUGCGCUGCGCCGGCGGGACGCGCAUCACCGCCACAUACAGAUACAUCCUGGCCUGCAACUGUGAGGAGUGCAGCUGAGCAGGACGCAGCUUCCUCUCCUCCCACACCCUCGAGACUCUAAAGGAGCAGAUCCCGUUGGCCUCACGCCGGGCUCUAAAGCGUUCCAGAGGUUUGAAUAUUGGACCAGAGAACUUAACAUGCUUGUUGUUUUCUUGAAGAGACAGUUUGGAGCACUCGCACCUCCCUCCCUCGCUCACUCGCUCCCUCGCUCGCUCCCACAGAACACAAUCCCCUCUCCUUUCAGUACCAAGCAUUUCUCUCCAGGCCAGACACCACAAACUGCUGCUCCCAUGGGAACCUCCUCACAGCGGAGACGCUCAUUACAGGCCUCUGUAAUCCAUAACACACAUGCUCACAAACCGCAGAGGUCCUUACGAGUAUCUGUGAGGACUCUCUGCCAGCAGCUUCAUAAAAACCACAGCAGAGCAUCCGACAACACAAGGCCGGGCGAGGACGACGCAGAGAAGCACCUGCACCACGUUUACUCACCUAAUAAUGUUUGACACGCUACCUGCAGACUCUGAUCCCAGCGUGUGAGACGGGAGGACGAGGCGAGACGAGGCGAGACGAGGAGGCCGAGGUUAAAGACUGUCAGAGAGCGUCAGUGUUCAUUUCCUGUGUAGUCUUUGUGAAUCUCUGUAGCUUCUGUCGCUUGGUGAUGACAUGUUCGGUGUUUGGACACGCUCUGCAUCGGUCUGUAAAUCCUGUUUGCACACACUCUGCAGAAUAUAACUCAUUCAGUCUGUGUUUGUGCCAGCUCAUGAAACAGUUUAUCUGAAUAAAGAAAUGAACAACUCACCGCAA